AUGGUCCCAAACUCACCCCAAGCCUCACACACCACCACGAUCCUCUUCUUCUUGCUCAUCCUCAUCGCCUUCUUCCCGGGGGUAUUCCACUACCUCUGGACCCUCCCGCUCAGCCUCAUCUUCUCUUCAACGCCAGCAUUUAACAGCGGCGGCAGCGACCCGACAGCAGACAUCAGGAUGGGUUCCUGGUUCCAGAAACAGUUCACGCUCCCCAGCAAGUCGCGGGGCUCGUACCUGAUCACGGACCACGUCGUCAGCUCGCUGCCGGAGCUGAAGCAGUACAAGGUCGGCCUGCUGCACCUGUUCAUACAGCACACCAGCUGUGCGCUCAGCCUCAACGAGAACUGGGACGACGACGGCGCGGACGAUAUGCCGGCUCACAUCAAGUCGGCACUAGUCGGCGCAUCCGUUACGAUACCAAUCCGGGAUGGAAAGCUGGCCACAGGCACCUGGCAAGGAAUUUGGUACCUUGAAUUCCGGGCAAUGAAGCACCAGAGACGUGUUGUUGCAACGAUUCAGGGAGAAAAGGCAUAG